AUGAAAGCCGAAAGGCACCAGCGAAAUCCUUCUCGCGGAAAGGGCCCCCACCGCGGAGGUCCAAAGAAAGGUCGCAAGGCUCAUGGCAAACCGAAUCUGCAGGCGAAAAAGCUCAGGCAGCAGCAGGGGGGCAGCCUGCCAAAGCGCCCCGAUAUCAAAGGCCUUGACGGCGAGGGCCUUCGCAAGAAGCACAAGAAACCAACCAAGGCCCCUCACCCGAAGAAGCAGCAGCCAAGCAAAGUCAAGGAAGAUGGCUGCCCCAGAUCCCGCAUCAUCAGUAAGCAGCGGCACCGGCCUCAAGCAGGGGGGAAGAAGGCUGCAGACGCUGCUGAACAACCGCGAAAACGCAAACUCAUGAAUGGUCAGGAACGCCUUAGAGCGCUUCUGGAGAAACACCCCGACCUGUUGUGCCCGGGAGAGUCUGCCGACGCCGCAGUGGCUGCCUGCUUCAAAAACGCCGGCAAGCUUCCAGAGGGCUCGAGUGACGGUGCAGCUACUAGCGGGACGGAUUGCGAGACGCGGGCAGAUCCAGGGGCAGAGCCGCAGCAAGCCCAACUGAGCGGCAGCAAGCGCCGCAAGCUCAUGCGACUGGUCAUGAGCAGCAAGACAGCAGACGACAAAGUCUUCGUGCACCAAUCGUAUCAGUUGUACAACGAUAUUUUGGGGAGCAUUCGCAAGGCUGAGGCUCCGGGAGCCUCAGCGGCCUCUCUACAGUCGCGCAAGGCCCUCCAGAACGCUGUGGCGAAGGCCAUAGGGUUUUUGGAGGGUCCUCUGGCCAGGAAGGAUCGUCACUGCUGCACCGCUCGCCUAGCACAAAUGUGUCUGAAGCACUCGGAGGGAGAAAAGCGAGACCACCUGUGGGAGCUACUUUAUACUGACUUUUUAGAGUUUUGCAGUUGCAAGGCAUUUCACCAUGUGGCAAUGAAAAUGUUCUUGUACGGAUCUGAGGCGCAGCGGGGGCGGCUUACCUCCCGGCUGGCCAGCCGUAAGGAGGCAGCCCUGACCAAGCACGGAGCGGCUGUCUGGGAGUAUUUCUACACGUCGCAAAGGAACGCACUUGGGCAGCAGAAGCUUUUGAACAGCUUGCUCCUAGAGCCGGCGUUGCUUGUUGCGGUACCCAAGGUGAACGAGGCUUCUUCGUUCUCUCAGGUGAUUGCACUCCUUUCCGAGACUCAGCGCGCAAAGACAUUCGAGAACCUCAGCACGCUAAUACAGAAGUUCGUGGAUAAGGAACUCCUCAACAAGGCCCAUGUGCACCGUAUCCUCAAGGGCUUUUGCAGUGUCGCGGAUGACGAGGAACUCGCCGCUACGUGGAGGACUGUCGCUGAGGGGGCAUUGCAUUUGGCUACAACAAAAGACGGAGUUGAGGAAGUGCUACCCGCUUCUCUGGAACUUUCGUUUGACCCUUGCGGCCAUUUGGUGCUGCUACAGCUACUUCAACGGGAGGGCAUCUGCAGGCAGCUGCCGACGCACUAUCAGACACUGCUUUCCCUGCCUUCGCCGUAUAGCCUCAAGCCCGCAGCGCAGCGUCAGGCGGAAUUGCUGCCGGCAGUCGUCUCUGCCCUUUCGGAGGCCUUUGCUGCCCUGGCUCUUAGAGCCUCCGAUAAAUCUGAGCGGACUGUAGCUGCUGCCCUGAAGGACAGUCAUGCCGCAAAGGUUUUUCUACAGCUCUCACAGCACCCAGAUGCGGAAAAAGCUUCUUUGCGGGCACUUGCAGCCCUAAAGGAGGACUUGCAGCAGGAGGAGCCCACGCUCGUCAGCGAUCCGACGGCCCAGCGUGCGCUGAGCGGCUUGGUGAAGGCUGGGGGAGCAGCCGUGGUGGAAGGGGCCUGGGAAGCCCUAGACUCCAACUUGCCAGCCGCCUUGCGGACGCGGGGCGUUUUCGUGGUGCUGCAGGCAUUUAAAACGGCGGGAGAGCUGAAACUCACUGACCUAGAAACAAAGAUGCGCCAGCGCCUCGACGCGAAGACCCUCGAUAACGCAGAGGCAGCACUGUGCAAAUCGGGGGAAGCUGCUGUACAGGGACUGCAGUGUGCGCCUUUGGCUGCCGAGUGGUUCGCAGGAUCUCAGACGACUGGCAUUCAGCUGCUUCGCAAAGAGCUUGCCCCUUGA